AUGGGCAACCGCAGCGCCGCCGACCCGGGUGGGCUGCUGGGCGUGCGCGGGACGGGGGCCUUGGGGGCGGGCGCGGGACUAGGGGGCGCGGGGCUGACGGCCCUGGUGGGGGGCGUUCUGCUCAUUGGCACGGUGCUGGCGGGGAACUCGCUCGUGUGCAUAAGUGUGGCCUCGGAGCGCGCCCUGCAGACGCCCACCAACUACUUCAUCGUGAGCCUGGCUGCCGCCGACCUACUGCUCGCCGUGCUGGUGCUGCCCCUCUACGUCUACUCCGAGGUCCAGGGCGGGGCGUGGCUGCUGAGUCCCCGCCUCUGCGACGCUCUCAUGGCCAUGGACGUCAUGCUGUGCACCGCCUCCAUCUUCAACCUGUGCGCCAUCAGCGUGGACAGGUUCGUGGCGGUGACCGUGCCGCUGCGCUACAACCAGCAGGGCCGGCGCCAGUUGCUGCUGAUCGCCGCCACGUGGCUGCUGUCGGCGGCGGUGGCGGCGCCCGUGCUGUGCGGCCUCAACGACGUGCAGGGCCGCAACCCGGCCGUGUGCCGUCUGGAGGAUCGCGACUACGUGGUCUACUCGUCCGUGUGCUCCUUCUUCCUGCCAUGUCCGAUCAUGCUGCUGCUCUACUGGGCCACCUUCCGCAGCCUGCGGCGCUGGGGGGCAGCCCGUCGUACCAAGCUGCACGGCCGCGCGCCGCGCCGACCCAGCGGCCCGGGGAUGCUCGCGCCCGACCCCGCCCGGGGCCCCUGCGGCCCGGACUGUCCACUCCCCGCACCCGACCUCCCGCAGAACCCCAGAGGCCUUGGGAUGCCGGCGCCCGACCUCGCCCAGGGCCCCUGCGGCCUCGAUUGUCCUCUCCCCGCACCCGGCCUCCCGCAGAGCCCCAGCGGCCCUGGCCCGCCCGCGCCUGACCUCGCCCAGAGCCGCGGCGACCCGGACUGCCCUCUCCCCGACGACCUUAUGGAAGGGGCGCUGGCGCACCAGCCCGCGCCGUCCACCCGCAGGAGGCGCGCCAAGAUCACCGGCAGGGAGCGCAAGGCCAUGAGAGUCCUGCCCGUGGUGGUCGGGGCCUUCCUGGUGUGCUGGACGCCCUUCUUCGUGGUGCACAUCACGCGAGCGUUGUGUCCCUCCUGCUUCGUGCCCCCUCGCCUGGUCAGCGCCGUCACCUGGCUGGGCUACGUCAACAGCGCCCUCAACCCCAUCAUCUACACGGUCUUCAACGCCGAGUUCCGCACUGUCUUCCGCAAGGCCCUGCGCCUCUGCUGCUAAGUCUGCCACAGGUGUCCUCUGGGGACAGAGAGACCCUAGACUGUGUGCAGGUGCACGCGUGCAUGCACCUGAUUAAACAGAUUCCUUCCUAAAAUGCCAGUGACGGCAGUAAGUAAGGCUGGGUGAGAAGAUGAGGGGCUUCUGACUGGUGAGACCUGCUUCUGAGGAGGGUCUCCAGGUGGGGGAGGGGAGGCUAAUGGGUCCAUUCUCUGCCCCAGGAAACGAGGCAGGACCACAGCAGCUGGCUUUGCUUUCCUUCACCAUGGGGGAGUGGGGAGAUGCCCCGCAGGGAGAGGAGCUCCACUUGCCCUGAGGGUGGGGCUAAGAAAAUCUGGGAAUGCUUUGGCCCCAGUGGGAAGACCUCCCAGGAUCCUAAGCAGGUCAGCCCCUGCUCCUUAGAGGACCAGUCAAGUCCUUCAAGAGCUGUUAUAACUGCAAACGCAGAUAGACUGGCCACACACACCAUUCUGGAAGUUUCCUUGAGGUCAGUGUACACAGGCAACAGAAACCUGGCAGGGAAGGAAAAGAUCUGGGACACUGCCUAUGGCCCAUCUAGGUGCUUUCUGAAGGAACCCCCAUUCUUGCCCAUCCAGGAAACCUCUUCCCAUGUCCAGCAUCUGCUGGUUAUCUGGCUUAGUGGCCAGGCCACAGGACAGGAGCAGGCUGGAGGCAGCAGGGCCUGAAGCUGGACAGAGACACCCAAGCUGCCCCCUACCACGGGGCUGUGGAUGCACCAGCCACAGCUCGCGCUGAUACCCCCCCCCACACACACACACCCUGUCGUGGGAGAGAUUUGGGUCAGGCCUUCAAGAGGGGGCUUUCCUAGCUUGAGGUUGACACAUCUGACAGCAGCUGGUGCAAAGUCUCAGUUCUCUUCUAACGCUGAGAAAGUAUGGGCUGUGGGACCUCAAGCUGUAGGCACACCCUCAGUGUGGUAAAAUACUCCCUGUAGAAAGCAGGCCGUUGCCCAGUACCAUGGGAUGCUGCUGUUCUCCACCCCCCACCCCCCCGAAUACUUAGGGUCCCCUGCUGGGCCCUCAGCCUCUUCUUUUGCCAGGAAACCUCUGCUGACUUCUCUGUCUAGAUUAGCAUGGCCUUUACCCCUCAGGGAGCCAUCUGGACGAUGAGUUCAUGUCUGUCUACCUGCUGACCGGCAGUCCAGCAGUCAGCACAAGGAGCGGAGUCUGGGCUCCUGGGAGCUUUGCCCCUGACUAUUCAAGGGCCUCAACUGUGUUGGGCCCUUGCUGACCCUUGCAAAGCUCUGCCAACAAGUAGGUGAGAUCAAGGCUUACAUGAGAGACACAGAGACCAGUGGAAGCCUGAUAUAGCUUGAACUGAGCCCCUAGUGCCAAUGCUAAAACCUUUCUGCCCUCGAGCCUCUGCAGGCCAGCAGGCGAGGUCCUCAGAUAUACCUGUUCAAGGGAGAAGGCUGCCUCCGGUCCAGGUGGUAACUGCUGCUCUCAGAUGGUCACUGUCCCCAACUCUCAUCAAGAUCCAUCUUGGUGCCCUAGGGCCUUCCGGAAGGCCACCCCAGCAGGCUGUCGUAUAGUCGGCAGUGAGUGACCUGAGUGUUUUCACGUUUCGGAGGAUAUUUCGUGCGUGAGGGUAGCUUCACUGGUCCUGCUGGUCUAGUUUCCUGCUACAGCGAAUCCCAGCCGAAUGCAGCCAGAGCUGUGCUGCAGAACCUUGGCAGACUCUCCUCAUCCAAGCUGGCUGGACAGAGCCAAGGGUCCUGUCUGGCAUACAUGCCACCAGAGUCAUCCUGUACCCACAGAGCUGGCAUAAAGGGGCUCUGUGCUCAACUGCAGCAGAAAUAAGACCCCAGGUGCCUGGUGCUAUUAAGCCUUAGGGAGAAGAUGAGGAAUCCACAGAAUCAGGGUCUCCUAGCUCAUAUCCACGCCCUUCCUCAGGCUACCUGAAGAGUCUCAGGGCUCUGCACUGAGCAGAAGAACGUGGCAGGAGUGGGAGCCAUCCCAGGCCAGCAGAGGGACAGGCCUGAGAAUUUUCUUUCAUGGUGGUCGAUACUUUGGAAGUAGUACUUUCAUCCUAAGUUUCGGUGUAGACUCGUCCUAAGCUUGUGGGCAACCCCCUAGGCCCUCACCAAGCCUGCACCUCUCUGUAAUACAGAGGAGCCUCUGUUCUCUGGAGAGUGAAGGGCUGAAGCUUCAUCUCACAAAAGUGGUUUGGAAAACAGAAGGUUCCAGAAUGCAGGUGACCGCUUCUCCUCUAGCAGUACUUUGCCAGUAGGAGCAGCAAGUCCCAUUCCAGGAUCAGUGGAGCUCAACACCCAAGUGUGAGAUUGCCCUCAAGGCAGCCUCUUCAGUUCUGCCCUUGGAGACAGUGGCCAAGACAGUGUUGGGCAGAGAAUGGGCAGAAUGAAAAGAUGACCAGGAUGGUGUGUGCAGAAGCUCUGGUCAUAGGCUAACAAACUGGUCACUUCAUAAGCAUGAAAGUGGCUGCCUGUGGGGCCUCCUGAGGUCUCAGGUUGCUGUCUGGACACCAGCAGAGCUGUGGAAGAGGAUCUGAAGCCAUGUGUCCUUCCUCAGGCCAUGGCAUUCUCAGGGAGACAGCUCUACUAAAGAUGGGCUGACAGCUCCCUUCCUGAGGGUCACAUACAGACUUGUGAGCGCUGGGCAUGAAGAUGUUUGUUACCUCAGAAAUUGUCAUUCAGAAUCAGCGAGGGCACUGCAGGUCUGUAUCAUCACAGUGGACACAUGUGCAUACAACCCACACACAAUCGGGGCAUAGUAGAGGCCUUUAGGCCAUUAGCACUGAGUGGCCUCUGCAGCUGGGCACUGUCCAGGUGGGGGUGGGGACUUUAUUUACAACUAUAUUAACAGAUUCAACAGAUAUGUACACGUGGCGCAGAGCACACCCAUGAUCAGGGUUCUGAAAGCACCUUGACAGGUCAGGGCCCUUGGGCUGUGGCACAGCACCCGUCCUACAGUGCCACCAGCGUUCCCCAGGGUCUCUGGUAGGAGUCAUUUCCAAGUGCACAGCAGCUCAGUUUGUAAAUAACUUGUCCGGCAAGUUUCUAACCUUCCCAUAGCCCCUCUUCACAGCAGCCCCCACAGUUGUUGGGGCAGAGGGAGGCUUUGGCCUGUGACAGUCUCACAGUAGUGCUGAGAGGGACCUGGCUCAAACAGCAACUUUCUCAAUCACACUCUCCUCAACAUGGACUUCCUCAGCCUGGACGGUGACGGCUGGCGACUGGCCACAUACAUGCUGGUGGUCUUUCCAGUCCUGGAAAGAAGAACAUCCAUGUGAACAGGAAGGACAGAACAGAUGAAGAUAUCACAAGCACAGGGGCCAGGGUGUGGGGUCCCAGCUGGGCUCUAAGCAGCUCCUCCAGAAGUGGCCUGCUUCUUGCCAGCACCUGUGCAUCACCUACCUCAUUGAAGUCCAGACUGCUAUGUGCUGGGGUUUCAGGGACCAGGUAGCAAACAUGAACUUAAGAACAAGAUUGAAUGUGCUCACAUAUCUCUACCUAGCAUUUUAAAAAAAUAUAUCUUGGGCUGGAGAGAUGGC